UGAGACGGCGGUGCAUGCGCUGCCCGAGCCCGCGCGCCGCAGGAGGGAGCCGCAGCCGAGGUAAGGCGCGCCCCGAACGUCCCCACAGACGCUUGGGGCGCGCGGGUGUUCGCGGAGAGCCCCGAGACCUCUCCGCGGGUUCGCUCUCCGUCGGAAGGGGACGCGGGGGCUCUCUGCCUUCAGCCUUCUGUCUUUUUUUUUAAAGCCUGGCAGUCGUGGCUUCGGGAAGGAACGAAGCUCGCGCGGGGUCUUACGAGUCGUUGGACCCGAAGCCUGCCGCCGCGCGCGCUAACCGGAGCGGAAUGUUGAUGAAUCGCGGGAAACGAUCGAUUCGGAAUGACGACGACGACGACGACGACGGACGAGAAGCGCGGAGGGCGAUGACGAAAUAGUUCGGGAGGAGUUGCGUCAUCGCGAGACUUGAAAAUAGCGCCGAGAAUGGGAAUUCAAGGAAGCUCCAGUGGCGUUCGUGGGGAUUGCGGGAUGAGCGGGAUGGCAUUUAUCCAGGUGGACAAUGAGCUCAAAUAUUUGGUGGACGGCGUGGCCAUACACAUGAAUGAGGGUGUGGUUUCUCUGGACAUUUUGCCUGCGCUCGCAGACAGCUGCACCGCACAUCUAGCAACAUUAGCCAAGCUUCCAAAUACAAGUCUGCAGCCUCAUCCAUGUCCUGACUUCAGCCCAGUGUUAGAUCUCCGAGACUGUGACCCAGCUCAGGGUGGUGAAAUAGAUCCUCUGGAAUGUGCAAUGAUCCUCAAGGAAGCAAAGCAUAAUAGGAGGAAGAAGAAGACACUCCCCUGCAAAAUGAAUCUCUGCUAUGGGAGAGAGCACGAUGAUGGUUGCUUUCCUGUUAAAGUUGAACCAGCUCCAGACAAUGCGUGUGUCCCAGCGCACUUGAAAGCAAGAUUGAUGUAUGGAGGUUACCCUGGUUAUUGUGUGCAGAACAGCAAGAUACACUUAAUUUAUGUAAAUGAAUAUUUGGGGCCAGGCAGGGUGCCCCCUCUUUUACUGUGCUGGCAGAGGCACCCCCUUGCUGGGCCAUGUCCUCCGCAGCCUGCCAUGCCCACCAUAGUGCCUAUCAUCCGCUACAAUUGCUGGAAUCUGAAGGAAGACCAAAUCAAUCCAACUGCCGACUGCCCUGAACACACCAAAUGGCUAGACUUUAAGAUAAUUAAAACUGGAGACACCGAAUUAAGGUAAGUUUGCCAUGAAAUGA